AUGAGCGCUAUGAAAAGUACACUUCUGCUCAGUUUCGAUCUCAGUUCAACAAAGCUAAGGCAAUCUCGGGUGGAAAUUUUAAAGGCUGCCACUUGUGGCGAUGAUUCAGAAGAGGAUGACGAUGUGGAUGAGGUGGAGGAUGAAGUGGAAGAGACUGUAACUAUGGAAGAGGCGCCGUCUUUGGUCAAUGGUCUUCCAGGAUUUGCUGGUUUACGAAUCUCAGAUGAUGAUCCGACAAUGACGGAUCCAUUGAUUUGGACACCCAAGAAGCUAACAAAGCAGUGGAAAAAUGGGCAAGGUAUUCGCCACUACUCCAUUAUUAUUAUAUUGUCUAGCGGUGCUGUCGACCACCAGACUAACAAUGUGGAGUGUGCUGUCAGCGACAAUGGCAUGAGAUUUUCCAUCAGUGAGCGUUGGCCAUUGGUGUUGGAGUCCAUUACUGAGUUUUAUGAUAGCUUCCCAAAGGCUAUUGAUGAAACCACUGAUGAGUUCAACAGGCGCAUGUAUGGCUUUGAAGACACAAUCAAGGAGAUCAAGCCAUCCGGUGGAUUGGUUUCGGUCCAUCAUGUUGAGCUACCAUUUCAAGUUGAUCCAACUACAUUGCGAGUCAGGUUUGUUGGAACUGAAGAUGGUGCCAAGUUCUGCCAUGUAGACUUGGCUGAAAAGGCUAAGAAGGUAGUUGACAAAGUGCACAUGAUGAAAAUCAGUGGUCGUGGAAACAAGGAAAGGACCAAGCAGAUGCAUGACUAUUCUCAGCUUGGUGGCCAUUAGAACAAACUCAACAACAAGCACACUUCGCAUGGGUGAUAGCCAUGCUGUCAACAAUCAUGAUGGGAGGCAACAGUUUCGAGUGCCUCUGUGUUGGUCUGGUAGUACCUAGGAUUCUAAAAUAGGAACAAUUACAAUGGCGGAUGUCUCUGUAGCUAGCUA